UUCUUUCUUCUCUCUCUUUACCUUUGGCCCUUCCCAGAAAAUUCUUCCAAACUUAUUGUACCGACACAGUUAAUGAACAAUGCUGCAGAGACAAGACAGUCUGCUUUCAUCUUCUCACCGCCAAACCCCACCACCAGAAAAUCGCCAUGCAAAACAAAUUGGUUGCAUGGCCGGCUUCUUCAAGCUCUUAUCCAGAUAUCAAAAUAGAAACAAACGCCUUACUUCUGGUAGAAAGCAUGUAAAAUCGACUUCAAAGGAAGCUAAAGCCAUGGUAGAACAGGAGAUGAAACAGCAGCAGCAAGAUUCUUCAUCUGCACUCAAAGAAGAUAACAAGAAUAUUUCAAACACAAAUGGCCAAAAUUUGGAAAACAAGAGAUUAUCAUCAUCAUGCGAUAUUACACCAAGAAGUCCUAUGCUUCCACCGGAGAUUCGACAAUCAAAUGCCUUAACCACAUCAGAGAAAAGCACCACUGCAAAAUCCCUAUUGGUGGCUCGACUGAUGGGGUUGGAGGAGCCAUCUGAGGUCAACAGGAACGUUAAAGUGGAACAGGAAAAGUCAUCCAGUAGCACUACUGAAGAAAAGAGAAGAAAGCUUUUGCGGGCGCUGGAGAAAUGCAAUGAAGAUUUGGAGAGUCUUAAGAAGAUUAUCGUAGCUGUACAAUCAGAUCAGAAGAAACGUCUCAAACCACCACCACCAGUAAUGAAGGAGGAUCAUAAUCUGGCUAAAACAUGCUUGAAAAGAAAUGCUGAACAGCUGAUGAUGAGGCCUGUGGCUGCGCUGGAGGAAAUGAGCCGUUAUUACCACACCACCAAAGCAAACUCUAAUGUACCAUCGUCCUUGAGAAUGAAGGAAGAAAUGCUACUCUGUAAAUCCUGUGCUGCAGACAAUUGUUGCUCAUAAGCUCUCACUCAAGAUUCUGAGUAACUUUAAGGGCUCAUUGCAUGAAGGCAGCUUAGGAAUGUGAGUACAAUGAAGCUGAGCAUUAGUAUUAACAUCAAGUGGAAUAGCAUCUUCUAUUUUGGAAGAAGAUGGCACUGGAUAUUCAAAUGCAUGUUCCUGUAGCCUAUACACCAUCUGAUGGUGUAGCUUUACACUAGUUGUAGUAGCAACCUGCUUUGCUCUGCGGGUUUGAACACAAAUCUUCAAGGCUUCAAGCAAACAAUUAUCUUUGAUAGGCCUGUUGUAAUUUGGACAAAAAGUAACCAUAAUAGUUCCCACAUUUAGAGUUGUCUAAAUAGUGCCGAAACAUGCUUGCUGGUACUCCAGAAGUCGUGUAUCCACAAGUUCCAGUUUAGAUACGAUAGGGAGACCUUUUCUUGAAAGUGC